AGGUACUCGGCAAUCGCUCGGCCUCCCCCAUCCCCCGGUAACGGUCGCUGGUGAGUUUAAAUGAGCCGGGGCUGGCCGGGCCGGAGCCGCUACGGGGGGGGCCUGAGGCACUGCAGAAAGUGGGCCUGAGCCUCAAGGAUGACGGUGCUGCAGGAACCCGUCCAGGCUGCUAUAUGGCAAGCACUCAACCACUAUGCUUACCGAGAUGCCGUUUUCCUUGCAGAACGACUGUAUGCAGAAGUACACUCAGAGGAAGCCUUGUUUUUAUUGGCAACCUGUUAUUACCGCUCAGGAAAGGCAUAUAAGGCAUAUAGACUCUUGAAAGGACACAGUUGUACUACACCGCAGUGUAAAUACCUGCUUGCAAAAUGUUGUGUUGAUCUCAGCAAGCUUGCAGAAGGGGAACAGAUCUUAUCUGGUGGAGUGUUUAAUAAGCAAAAAAGCCAUGAUGAUAUUGUUACUGAGUUUGGUGAUUCAGCUUGCUUUACUCUUUCAUUGUUGGGACAUGUAUACUGCAAGACAGAUCGGCUUGCCAAAGGAUCAGAAUGCUACCAAAAGAGCCUUAGUUUAAAUCCUUUCCUCUGGUCCCCCUUUGAAUCAUUAUGUGAAAUAGGUGAAAAGCCAGAUCCUGACCAAACGUUUAAAUUAACAUCUUUACAGAACUUCAGCAACUGUCUGCCCAGCUCUUGCACAACACUAGUAUCUAAUCAUAGUUUGUCUCAUAGACAACCUGAGACUGUUCUUACAGAAACACCCCAGGACACAAUCGAAUUAAACAGACUGAAUUUAGAAUCUUCCAAUUCAAAGUACUCCUUGAAUACAGAUUCCUCAGUGUCUUAUAUUGAUUCAGCUGUAAUUUCACCGGAUACGGUCCCUCUUGGAACAGGAACUUCCAUAUUAUCUAAACAGGUUCAAAAUAAACCAAAAACUGGUCGAAGCUUAUUAGGAGGGCCAGCUGCUCUUAGCCCAUUAACCCCAAGUUUUGGGAUUUUGCCAUUAGAAACCCCAAGUCCUGGAGAUGGAUCCUAUUUACAAAACUACACUAAUACAUCUUCUGUAAUUGACGUGCCAUCUACUGGAGCCCCUUCAAAAAAGUCUGUUGCCAGAAUCGGCCAAACUGGAACAAAGUCUGUCUUCUCACAGAGCGGAAAUAGUCGAGAGGUAACUCCAAUUCUUGUUGCACAAACACAAAGUUCUGGCCCACAAACAAGUACAACACCUCAGGUAUUGAGCCCCACUAUCACAUCUCCCCCAAACGCACUGCCUCGGAGAAGUUCGCGACUCUUCACUAGUGACAGCUCUACAACCAAGGAGAAUAGCAAAAAGUUAAAAAUGAAGUUUCCACCUAAAAUCCCAAACAGAAAAACUAAAAGUAAAACUAAUAAAGGAGGAAUAACUCAGCCUAACUUAAAUGAUAGUCUAGAAAUUACAAAAUUGGACUCUUCCAUCAUUUCAGAAGGGAAGAUCUCCACAAUCACGCCUCAGAUCCAGGCAUUCAAUCUACAGAAAGCAGCAGCAGAAGGUUUGAUGAGCCUCCUUCGUGAAAUGGGGAAAGGUUAUUUAGCUCUGUGCUCGUACAACUGCAGAGAAGCGAUACAUAUCUUGAGCCACCUACCUUCUCACCACUACAACACUGGCUGGGUACUGUGCCAAAUUGGAAGGGCCUAUUUUGAACUUUCGGAGUACAUGCAGGCUGAAAGAAUAUUCUCAGAGGUUCGAAGGAUUGAGAAUUACAGAGUUGAAGGCAUGGAGAUCUACUCUACAACACUUUGGCAUCUUCAGAAAGAUGUUGCUCUUUCAGUUCUUUCAAAGGACUUAACCGACAUGGAUAAAAAUUCACCAGAGGCCUGGUGUGCUGCGGGGAACUGUUUCAGUUUGCAACGGGAACAUGAUAUUGCAAUUAAAUUCUUCCAGAGAGCUAUCCAGGUGGAUCCAAAUUAUGCUUAUGCCUAUACUCUAUUAGGGCAUGAGUUUGUGUUAACUGAAGAAUUAGACAAAGCGUUAGCUUGUUUUCGAAAUGCUAUCAGAGUCAAUCCGAGACAUUAUAAUGCAUGGUAUGGUUUAGGAAUGAUUUAUUACAAGCAAGAAAAAUUCAGCCUUGCAGAAAUGCAUUUCCAGAAAGCACUUGAUAUCAACCCUCAAAGUUCAGUUUUACUUUGCCACAUUGGAGUAGUUCAGCAUGCACUGAAAAAAUCUGAGAAGGCUUUGGAUACUCUAAACAAAGCCAUUGUAAUUGAUCCCAAGAACCCGCUAUGCAAAUUUCACAGAGCCUCAGUUUUAUUUGCAAAUGAAAAAUAUAAGUCUGCUUUACAAGAACUUGAAGAAUUGAAACAAAUUGUUCCCAAAGAAUCCCUCGUUUACUUCUUAAUAGGAAAGGUUUACAAGAAGUUAGGUCAAACGCACCUCGCCCUGAUGAAUUUCUCUUGGGCUAUGGAUUUAGAUCCUAAAGGAGCCAAUAACCAGAUUAAAGAGGCAAUUGACAAGCGCUACCUUCCAGAUGACGAGGAGCCAAUAACCCAAGAAGAACAGAUCAUGGGAACAGAUGACUCCCAGGAGAGCAGCAUGACAGACGCGGACGACACACAGCUUCAUGCAGCUGAAAGCGAUGAGUUUUAACUUCUGGAAAUCAGACUUUUGCAACUGGAUGUGUGACUAGUGCUGACAUGUUUCUUGUCCCUCCGUAUACCGAGUCUUCACUCUUGAGCCGGCAGUGUCCUCAUCCAUCACUUAGACCAUGAGUGUGCCACUGUCACCGGACCCUGACUGUACCCAGAACGAAAGGCAGUGCAAUAUUUAGCUGCUAACAAGACUGGCUCUUUCACCAGUACGAGCGACAAUUUAGGGGGGUGAGAUGGGGAACUUUCUUUUCUUUUUCUUUUUUUUUUCUUUAAUCUCCCUUUGUUGGAAGCUAUCAUGGAAGGAAGAGUUAACGUUUUAUCUUGAAGGAACCAUCAGAUACGGAAAAUAGCAAUGAACCAGAAUUUCUUGGUUGUUUUCCAAAAAUUUGUUUUCAUUUGGUUCUGUUCCUGAUUAACAGUGACUGGCCUUCAUUUCUAGGUUCUUCAAGCAUGGUGUUAGCAAGUGCCAGCUGGAGCAAUAAAAGACAUUGCCUGUAACAGAGUAACUUGAUUGCCAAGGAAUGUAAAUCACCUUAAACUUGCAGUGUCUCCCAUAAACAGAUGUAACGGGCAUAUUGGGACUCGUGUAGGAAUCAGAUAUCCCUCCAUACAGUGUACACUUAUUCUUGGCAAGAAUGCUUUAAUGUCUAACCAAGAAUUUUAAUUUCUUCAUCUUGCUUCAGAGUGUUGAUCACUGUCCUGGUAUUGCAGACUUUAGAGUUGUUCCUUUACCAUAUUGCCUCUUCUCUUUGAGCUCUGUGGGAUCACCUUUAACAUUCAGAGAUGAUAGAGUGCCCACUGAAAAGCCAAAACAAGGCCCUCGGUAACCAUUCAAGUUCACCAUAAGAAUCAAAAUGAGAACACUAAUGUGGAGAGACUUAAAAGAGAUCAUGAUAGCAAAGCCUUAAUACAAUCAAAAUUGUACCAUAACCUGGAAUCUAUAUUUGUUCAAGAAAGUAUCCCUUUGACUUUUCUAAGUGUUUAAGCAGGGUGCAAGAAUGUGUACUUACCUUUGGUUGAGGUCAUUUCCAUUCUUUUCAGCUCUCUGCUUCAAAUUAUUUUCAGCAGUGUGAGUCACCAAAACGUUUACCAAGAGUGAUUGGGUUUAGGAUAUUAGAAAUUUUUAGCUGGGGGGGCGGGGAAACAUUCUUAUGAAGGAGAUGAGUUCUCUCCUGAGUGUGUCAUAAUAUAGAUGGGUGUCCUUGGGGAAUGGCCACGAUUUUAAAGAUCUAAUUAUGCAUAAUAAAUGGGAAUUAUUGGAAUUUCACAGUAACAGAUUUAAAGUCUUAAAUUGUGUAUCUCCUUUAUUGUAAUGUAUUGAAAUUUUUAGAGAAACUUUAGUUGUUAACAUUUUUUUAAGUGCCAAUGUCAGAAUAUAACAAAUUAUAGUUUCUUAUGAAUGACAGUCCUACGGUUAUUAUUUUGGAUUCUCUGAUGAAGGACAGAUUUAUCUACUGGUUACCUGUACUUGUUAGUCAAGUUGUGAAAAUAAGGUGGACUACAGAAGACGUGAAGAGAA